AUGGCGGGUCUGGUAUCGCCCAAACCUCUAUCCUAUCUUCAGCAGCCAAAUGGUGGAUAUGGCCCUUUUGUUCGACAACACCCAACCUAUUCAGAAACACCGCCCCUGUCCGUACUCCACCACCAACAAUCCCAAUACUCGGUCACCCCAGGCGCUGUAGGCGGCAGCUCGGUUCAAGAAGAUAGCAAGAUCUAUUCGCUCGUCGUUGACCUUCUUGAUCCAGCUACAAGAGAAAGUGCCCUGCUGGAAUUGAGCAAGAAACGGGAACAGUAUGACGACCUUGCUCUCGUUCUCUGGCAUUCCUUCGGCAUUAUGCCAGCCCUCCUUCAAGAAAUUGUCUCUGUAUACCCUCUACUUUCACCACCAAACCUAACUGCACAUGCUUCCAAUCGCGUUUGCAAUGCGCUUGCCUUGCUCCAAUGCGUCGCCUCUCAUUCAGAAACUCGCCAGCUGUUCCUCAGCGCGCAUAUCCCAUUGUUCUUAUACCCCUUCCUGAAUACGACAUCCAAGACCCGACCCUUUGAAUACCUUCGCCUCACCUCUCUAGGUGUGAUUGGCGCUUUGGUCAAGCAAAACGAUAACAGCUCCGUCAUCCACUUUUUGCUCUCCACCGAAAUCAUCCCUCUCUGUCUCCGCAUCAUGGAAACCGGCUCUGAACUCUCCAAAACUGUCGCCAUCUUCAUUGUUCAGAAGAUCUUGUUGGACGAGACGGGGUUGACUUAUAUCUGUCAUACCUAUGAGCGGUUCUAUGCUGUUGGAACUGUGUUGUCGAACAUGGUGAAUCAGCUUGUUGAGACGCAAGCCGUACGUCUCCUCAAGCAUGUUGUGAGGUGCUAUCUCCGUCUGAGCGACAAUCUUCGGGCGCGAGAGGCGUUGCGUGCAUGUCUCCCUGAACCACUCCGAGACCAAACCUUUGCCACUUUGCUCAAGGGCGAUAUGGUGACUAAACGAUGCUUAACAACUUUGCUUAACAAUUUGGCAGAGUCAUGA